ACGAAUUCGUAGAAGUUGUUGAGGGAUUUUGUGAAAAUGAAUUUAGAAAACUUCCUGAUUUACGUUCGCAACCUUUCCCCGUUCUAUAUCUUCAGCAUGGCAAUAUCGAUAUUCGCCGUGCUGCUCACCGCAUACUUUGGUUUGACUAGCUGCAGUGCAACGCUUGAUGAAACUGAAGCUUCCGUUGUGGGGGCCCGCAGGAAUACGAAAUCAAAAACCAAAGAAAAUAUCUCCCCCGCCCGAGACUCUGCGGAAGUGGAUGAGCCAGCUUCUAGUAGCGACAACGAUGACGAUAGUUCAGAGGGCAGCCAAGAGCGAUUACACAUCGAAACGUUGGGACAGUUGAAAUCGGCAAAGCUGAAAUCGAUCGAAAAUUCUCUCACCGAUGAGCAGCGAAAGGCAGAGAAAGAAAUCGAACGUGCUCAGCUGGCCGCUAUAUUCGAGCUUCUGAAACAACAAGCGGACAGUUCCAACCUGGACGAGGAAGAUCUGAAAGAGCAACUUAGUUUGUAUCGAUAAAACUCACAUUAUUCGCCAGCUCGCUAGAGUUCGAAGUAGAUUUUCUAGUCAAUUUUAGGAAGGUUUUGAGUUUUCCAUUACAUGGGAAACGUUUCUUCGUCAUUCUCACAUAAUAGGAUCACAUUUUCAAAGGGACCAUUCGGAAUGUUUUCUUUCCACUGCAUAAGUU